UAUAUGAAGCUGAUUGUGUCUUUGUCUCUUCCUCCAGGAUGGACCAUGGUGGACUGCAGAGACUGAAACCUGGUCUGAGGAAGUAUGCCUGUGAACUGGAACUGGAUCCAAACACAAUGAACAUACUCCUCAAACUGUCUGAUAACAACAGGAAGGUGACACGUGUGAAGGAGGUUCAGUCAUAUCCUGAUCAUCCACACAGAUUUGACUCAUGUGCUCAGCUGCUGUGUAGUAAUGUUCUGACCGGUCGCUGUUACUGGGAGGUCGAGUGGAGAGGAGAGUUUGAAAUAUCAGUGAGUUACAGAAGAAUCAGCAGGAAAGGAAACAGUGCUGACUGCAGGUUUGGAUGUAACGAUCAGUCCUGGAGGCUGGACUGCUCUGAUGAUGGUUACUCUGUCCUUCACAAUAAGAGAAAAACAUCCAUCUCCUCCCCCCGCUCCUCCUCCUCCUCCUCCUCCUCCUCCUCUGUCUCUAACAGAGUAGCAGUGUAUGUGGACUGUCCUGCUGGCACUCUGUCCUUCUACAGAGUCUCCUCUGACACACUGAUCCACCUCCACACCUUCAACACCACAUUCACUCAGCCUCUGUAUGCUGGGUUUGGACUCUGUCAUCAGACACAGCUGCCCCCCCCCACCCCCACCCUCAACCAUCACAACAGACCAGGUCAGAGGAGAGUUGAGGAGACUGCCCCAGGAAAGCAGCUGGCCUAG